AUGCAGUAUGUCUGACACCAGGCUGAAUAUUAACAAGAUGGGCCUGGCAAAUAUCAAUCGAUGGCAACUUAUGACCCUUGCAACAUGUGGUGUAUAUGGCUCGAUCUAACCUCAUGUUUACCUCGCGGAGACCAAUUUGAUACUUGCCGCGAACCCCUAGCCAAAAUUCGGAGAAAUAUACUUUGGAAGUCAGCAAAGAUUCGCAAGUAGCGUCGGCGAGUGCUGUAUUUGGUCUUUAUCGGGAGGAUAAUCCCUGGUCCCACGAGGUGUAUUAGCUAUGAAUUUAUCCAGUCAUCUCGAAGUUAAUUGAUUUAUUAUAAGCUCGCUCGCACUUGGCUUGAGUAUUGCUGUUAUUUCAGACGAGACUGUGACCUAACUUGCGACCAACCAUUUCUCUUUCUGAUUGUCGCCUCAAGAAAUUUUUCAUACGAUUUUCAAUAUGGCAGAAGUAGAGGUUAAGGCACCUGUGCCCCAGACUGAAGAGAAGCAAUCUUCGGAGAGGGGCAAUUCCAGCCAGGGAGAUGGAGUUGACAUCCCAAGACACACAAGUUUUGUCAACGUUAUGGUCUUGGUGACGGCUUGUCUUGGUGGUUUUCUUUAUGGUUUUGCUGCCAACGCAAUCUCUGGCACAGUUGCUCAGCCGACAUUCAUCGCCAAAUUUUUGACAAACUCUCAGGCUCUACAGCUCACAGAUGCAAUGCUUGGAGGAUUCUUAGGUGGUGCUAUGGUUGGCUCUCUGCUACAAGCCCCAAUAUCCAACAAGUUCGGGCGACGUAUUGCCAAUGCAGUGGCCGCAGGUAUCGUGAUUUUUGCUGCUGCUAUCUCAGCUGGAGCUGUCAACGUUGCUAUGUUUAUUGCAGGCCGUGUUCUUACCGGUGUUGGUGCAGGCAUGGUUCUUGCCAACUCUCCAGUUUACAUGAGUGAAGUUGCUCCUCCUCACAACCGCGGCAUGCUUGUUGGACUUCAAGGUGUUGGUAUCGUUACCGCGUAUAUCAUGGCUGCAGUUUGCGCCUUGGGAUUCAAUUUUGUCGAAGCCGAAUAUCAAUGGAGAUUGGUCUUCAUUGUACUCUGUGGAGUUGCUUGUCUUCUCCUAGUGUCUCUCUGGUAUCUACCCGAAUCCCCAAGAUGGUUGAUGGAGAAAGGAAGAGACGCAGAGGCCAAGCAAGUUUUGGAAUACUUGCACAAGACCAAAGCAGACCCUUAUAACACUUUAGCUCGUGCUGAAGCAGUUCAGAUCAGAGCUCAAGUAGACACCGAGAAAUCUCUACCCAAAGGCUUCAUCUAUAUCUUCUCUACCCCGCAUCUCAGAAAGCGCGCCUUUAUUUCGAUCAUUCUCUGGACUAUGGGUCAAGGAACUGGUAUAACUGCAAUCGCAAAUCUCAUCCCCACAUUUAUGGCAGGUCUCGGGUUUGGUACUGUUGUUCAAUUAGGGCUUGGUAUUGUCUGGUCUGUUUGCGCUGUUAUUGGAUGCGGUAUCAACGUUGUUCUUUUGGACCGCAUUGGAAGACGAAAGCUUUUGAUCGUUGGUGGUUUCGGAAUGGCUGCUAUUCUUAGCACAAUGGCUGCAUUGGUCAAGAACUAUCUCGGUACACCUGCAGGCCCUGGUGUCAGAGCGCUUGUUGCUCUCUAUUUCAUCAUGGGUGCCUUCUUCACUUCGACGAUCGAAUGUACUUCUUACGUUUACGGCUCUGAAAUCUGGCCAACCCAUCUCCGUAGUGAAGGAUCCACCAUCACAUAUCUCAGUUUCUUCGGAAAUGCCAUCGCGUAUAGUGCCCCUGUCUCUGUUGGCUUGAACAACAUCGGAUGGAAGUUCUAUAUGAUUCUCAUUUGCGUGACUGUUGUCACUACCAUUAUGAUUGUCAUCUGGUUCCCAGAGACAAUGGGUCUGACAUUAGAGGAGAUCAAUGUUACAUUUGGUGAAAAGGUCGAGUUAGAGCUCAAGGAUGCUCUGUACAACGAGACUGAAUCGACAACAUCAGACCCCUCAAGGAAAGAAUCUGCAGUCUAAAGCUUCGUUAAACCUCAUAAUAUUCGAGGAAUGCUCUUGGUGCGGACUUGACCAAUUUCAACGCCUAGAGCAUGAUUUUUUUGACGGACAGAAAAACAAUGAAAACAAUUUUAAUGACUUGGUAAUAAUUAUAUAAACAUUGACAACUUG